AUGUCUCUUGGUUCCCAAUUCCAUCAUGCGCUUCGCGUUUUGGGUUUGGGGUACGGAUCAGCUCUUUUGUUAUUGUUCAUUCCAAUCUCUUCCCUGCUCAUCUAUAUCCUGAUCAAUGAAUUCGUUCGUUAUUCCACUCGUAUCCCGAACUUGCCUGGUCCCCGAGGCUACCCAUUGCUUGGAAGCCUUCCAUCGCUGCGUGGUAAGAUCCCGGCCGAAGAAUACCGUCAGUGGGCGAAACGCUAUGGUGAUGUUUUCCAGCUCCAAUUGGGGAACACGACAACCGUUGUCGUCAAUAGCGCUGCUGCGGCCAGAGAUUUCUUCAUAUCGCAACGCAACGCAACAAACGGCCGUCCCCGUUUCUAUGUUUUGCAUAGCAAAGUCCAGAAAGGGAAUGCUGUGACAAGCAUUGGAACAAGUGAAUGGGACCACAGCUGCAAAAGGCGACGGAAGGUUGCCGCCACAGCACUUAACAAAACAAGCGUUGAGAGCUACCUGCCAGUAUGAUACUCCUUUACAAGUCCUUGGUAGAAAAUGCGGGCACCUGAUGAUAAUAGAUUUUGAACCUUGAAUCUCGAGCAUUUCUUAACGACUUGCUUGCGGCCUCGAAAGGAGGAACACAGAAUUCCACAAACGUCCUUGAUGUAUGCCAGAAAUUUGCUUUGAAUCUCAGCUUGACCCUAAGCUAUGGCACACGGUAUGUUCUGUUAGUCACCGACCUGAAAGUACGUUACUAAUGUGAGAAAAGUGUCGAAGACGUCAAAGAUUUGCACAACAACAUCCUUCUUUCCGAAAUUCUAUACAUCGAGGAGAUGAUUACUAAAUAUCGCGACGUUUCUGGCAACUACCUCAACUACAUCCCAUUGCUGCGCCCUUUCAGUUCGGCAGCCGAGCUCCUUGGAUUUUCCAAGGGAGAAAAACUUAUGGCCGAUAUUGGAAAGCGUCGUUACGCUUAUCAUGCUCUCUUGCAAAAGAACUUGCGAGGAGAGAUUGAUUUGGGGGUUGAUAAACCAUGGUGAGUAUGGCCAUGUGACUAGUAACGAAUCAUUUCGCUGACAAGUUCGAAAGCAUCCAAGGCAAUGUCCUGAAAGAUCCCGACAGCAAGGGAUUGACAGAGGGAGAACUCUUGAGUAUCAGCAUGAGCAUGAUGGCCGGAUCAGACACCACAAAACGCUCACUACUCUGGGGUAUGCAGUUGUUGGCAAAUAGGCAAGACAUCCAAGAGAAAGCGUAUCAAUCAAUCAUCGAAGCUGGAGACAACAUCGCGUCAGCACCUGACGUUGCACACACUCGAAUUGAUUACAUAGAAGCCCUGACUAAAGAAAUCGGGCGAUUCUUUGUGGUCCUGCGACUCGCACUGCCAAAAGCUACUCAUGGAGAUGUCAACUGGAGUGGCGCCGGCAUUCCGCCAAAAACCCUUCUGUUUUUGAACACGUGGGCUUGUUCCAGAGGUAAGAGCAAAAGGAUAAAGGCAACGAGACAGUUCAGCUGACUGAAACUUUUAAAGAUACGGAUGUAUUUGCGGACGCAGACGUCUUUGACCCUGAGAGGUGGCUUGAGGGUGAGGAUGUCCAUCGGCAUCAAUUUGCCUUCGGUAUGGGUGGCCGGAUGUGCGUGGCAAGCCAUGUUGCCUCCAAGGCUCUCUACACCGUGUUUCUCCACCUAGUCGCACAUUUCCGCGUCUUACCUGCUGGUGAUGUGUGUAACUCGACUACAUGGGAUCCGUUGGAAGGAUUGCUAUCAAAGGGAAAUCACCAAGCUGCCCCAGCAUUCACGCAUGUCAGAUUGGUGCCAAGGAACUUGGCGACAACAAAGAAAAUGCUCUCGGUGAAGUCGUAGAAUCCUGUACAUAUCUUGUUAUAGUUUUUCAUCAUUAUCUAACUCGUCCGUGGUGUCUACUUUACGCGUGCUUCAUGUAAUUUCCGAGCUGACUUUCAAUGUCCCAUAUGUUAUAAGAUUGAAGGUGUUUCAGUAAAGUUCCGUGUUACCUUGGCUCUAAUGAGCGUGAUCACCUGUGGUUGCAAUUGCAUUGGACUUUUGAAAAACUGUUCCAAGUAUAUUGGAUUUUUGACACAAUGUUCGGGUGCUGCUUGAUUGUCAUUGAGGUCAAAUGCCCAAAAGAUCUCACGUUAAAGACGGACAACAUUAUUUAUUGAGGAUUAUCAUUUGUCCCAAAUAAAAAAGGAGACCAGUCGCCACUGCUCUGCUGCUUGUGUUGCAUCUGGAAACAAUUUUACGUGCCCAGACGGAUAUUUUAUGGCGCGUCGGUGCUAUGCCACAGUCUGGCAUUCUUCGUAUAGACAAUAAAUGCGCGCAAGGCUGUAUUACCACCAUAAACAAGGAAUAAAAAGAACUUUGGAAAUCCCAAAGUUGGGGGCAGGGGGCGCCUGAAUACGGCUUUUGCAUGCAGGCCGUAAGGGAUGCGCCGGUAGACACUUCAUAAUCCCCCCAACUUUGUCGUACUUCUUGAAAUCACCUCAUGUUUUUCUAUCCUGAAUUUUUGCAGCAAUGUUGUGUGAAAUUCUGCUGCUGUUUUGUCUCCUCUGUGGCCUUGCGGCCGCUGAUGGUGGCCCGUUGUAUCGGCGGCGGGCACAUCACUCCAGUCCGGCACCCCGUCCUAAUUUUCCAUACCAGUAAGCUAAUUUUAUGCAGUCGCGAUUCUCGGCGAUUACCUUUUUGUUGAUGGCGGGGAUGUUUCGGAAUAUAUCGAUGGUGUAAAGGCCGAGGGGAGUGACCAUGCUACAGCUAGUAUAUCAACCAAGGUCCUAUGUUUUGGUCUGGCUGCAAGCUAACAACAAAAGUCAAAAACACAACAUUAAUCCCGAUAACCACGAAAUGGACGCCUAGUGAUGUGCACAACCUUUACCGAUAUGCCGAAUACCCCGCUGAAAUCCAGCCGGCCAGCAACUUCAUCCUGUGGACGAACCCAGACAAGAACGAACUAUACAGAUGGGCGGGGACACCAGCCCGCGGUUAUUCGAUAAAAGACAGAGCAAAUAACAGCAUGGGCGUCUUGGUAGCUGCUGGGAAGGAGGGCAUGCAAUGGAAGAUCACUUCAGCAAACGAUCAGUCACACCCCCCAGGGAAAGAUGGGGCGGCAGUGUCUUGUAAUGGCCUGGGCCUCUUUUUCGGCGGCUACUCGGCCGGCGAUACAGUCAAAGACGACAGAUGGAUCAUAUUCCAGGGUGUGCUGACAUAUAACAUGACAGAAUCUACGUGGGGAAGAAACAUCAACAGAACCAUGAAUCUAAACAGUCGAAGAAACGAGUUUGGAGAAGCGAUAUGCAUCGAUGGGCUACUUGACAGCCCCUUGGCGAUGCUGUUUGGUGGAUCCUUCAAAAAUGAGACCGACGUAGCUGAAUACAACAACCUUACUCACGUAACCUUAUACGACCCUGUCAGCCAAAUGUGGUAUGAUCAGAAAACAAUAGGAGCCGAGCCAGAGCCGCGAAAUAGUUUCUGUGCUGUUGGAGCCGAAAGCCCGAAUGGAACGUACGAAAUGUAAGUCUCAAGACUUCACCCGUCUCUCUGAUGCAUCGCUUUGAGGGCGGCUCGCGACGACGGACGCUUUCUAACAUGACAUCGUAAUCGUACUAACGGUGAUUCCUCUAGCUUCAUCUUUGGAGGCCGUGGCCUAUCCUACGGGGUUCAGAAGAUUUGCAUCCUCUCUCUCCCUGGGUUUUACUGGUUCUGUCCGAGGCAGUUUGGAGUCGACUCAGAUAUACGGACGCGCCAUAGAUGCGCCCGCAUAGGAAAUCGACAGAUGAUAUCAGUCGGUGGGCUUGGGGAAUGGCGUGUAAAAAACGAAUCCUGGAAGUCGCCAGAUCCAUGGCCCAAUGGCAUCGGCAUUUUCGACCUCACUGAGCUGAAGUGGAAGGACGAGUACGACCCUGACGCCAAGCCUUAUGAAUCACCCCAAAUUGUCCAAGAGUGGUACGCUGCAAAGUGAGUAUUUUGUGGUCUUUUAGAUGUUGUUCUCAUCUCACACUUCCAGGGAUCGUCAGCAAGUGGCUUGGGCCAGCCCCCAACUGGAAGCCUUAUUCAACAAAAGUGAGUAAGGUGUGCCUUCAUGUCAGUUUGUGAAUAGAGGACUGACCACCCAAGAAUCGAGCACGAACACUACUCAAACCACGCCCGUCCCUACCAUGCCCGCUCCCACCGUGACGGACUCAACAAUGAGCGAUUCAGAGACUCAUAAAUCACGCAAUCUUGGACCAAUCGUUGGAGGUGUCGUUGGAGGCGUGUCAUUCCUGGUUUUGCUAGUCGCCGCUCUAUGGGUCCUCAAACGCCGCCGCGCUCCAGAGAAUCUCCCAGUGUCCCCAAACGACGAGCAACAUAAGACUGAGCUCAGCUACUGGCCUGGAGGUUAUCUAAAACCUUCUACGAAUGAGCUUGAUGGGACAGUGCGGUCAGAGCUUGAACCUGGGAUAAAACGCCCUCUCCCUGGGUCUUACAUGCCACAACGCGAACCCGAGAUACCAAUUCCACUUGAGCUCGAGGGAUCCUUAAGACACACAGCUCCACCCAGACUGAUGCGUAG